AUGAAGCCCGCGCUGACCCGCACCAGCAAGGCCAUGUGUCUCAUGACGGACGACGAUCCACUGCGCAAGCUGUACAGGGAGACGGUGGGGAGCGAGUUCGACAACAUGGCGACACUAAUGGCCGCGGAAGGCCUGCAGACCGCACGUGUGUUGGUGCACACCGCAGUGGCCAUCCUUAGCACGAAAGGGGGGUACUUGGUGCCAAAGGCGAUGUUCGUGAAAGCAAGCCCGAAGGAGAACUGGUUCACCGACAUUGCAAUCCCGGGAGAGAGGGAGGAGGAGGAGGAGGAGGAGGAGUGGUGUGCCCCGCGGGAAGGGUUUGCGCUGUCGUUCCUGGGGCAAUGGCGGAAGGAAAACGCGGCGGAGAUCGGGUACCGCGUGGCGGAGCCCGCAUCGGCGCGCUUCGGAGGGGGAGCGGCGGGGGGAGCGGCGCAGGAGGGGGGGAGUGACGUCAGCGAGGCGGCGGGGGUGGAGAUCAAGGAGCUAGACGCGUUCGCAGUGGUUCAGGUGAUUGGGUCCAAGACGGGGAGGAGUAGAAUCGUUGCAGUGAAACCCAUCGUUCAAGCUUCGCCUCCCUUUCCUCCCCAUCCUUCCCCUCCUCGUCGUCCCCACCCCUUUCCCCCCCUCUUCCCACCCUCCAUUUCCCCUGCUGCUCUACCUCCCCCCCCUCCUCUCCCCUUCCCUCACCCCCCUCUCUUUCCCCUCUCCCCCCCGUCUUUCCCCCAGCCAAUCACAGCAAUCAACCACACUGCCUUUAUCCACCGAUUAGCACUCCUCCAUCGGCUCCCCCCUGUGUCCCCUCCAUUUCCUCCUUUCCAGCUCUCCCCCCACCUACCCCGCUCUCCCCCCCCCCCCCCCCCCCGCCAGCCUUCCUGUCCCCUCCCCAUCCCCUUCCGCCACCAUCGCUCUGAGACAUUCUUUUUUUUUCCUGACUCUGUCACCGUGGGGUCGCACCAGUUCAAGGUGACGCCAGGAGACGCCAUCUACGUGGAGAAGCUCAACUUCGCCCAUGUCAACGACGUGAUUCAUUUGGAGAAGGUGCUUCUGAUUGGCUCUCCUUCCGAAUCUCUUAUUGGUCGGCCCACUCUCCCAGGCGCCUUUGUUUCAGCCCUUGUGGAGGAGCAUGCCCUUGACGCCAAGGUGAUAGUGUUCAAGAAGAAGAGGAGAAAGAACUACCGCCGCACCAAUGGUCACCGACAGGAGUUGACUCGGCUUCGAAUUCUUGAAAUAGCUGGCAUGGAUGCUGCCGAGGAGAGGGCAAUUGAAGCAGUAGCAUGA